UUAUUUUAAUUUUGUCUCAUACCUGUAUCCGUACCGCUGUCUCGCCUGUUUGGAAGAUGUGGCUCCGGUUGAUCUGACCCGCCUGGCGUUCCGUACACUAGCAGUUUCUGUUGCGUAAACAGGAGGAGUUGAUCAAUUAAAUUGUUGUAUUAUGAUCUGUAGCUAACUUAUAAUAUAUACAGGGUAAAGUUACGUAAAUAUUAGAUAAAAUGGAGACCGAAAAUCGGACUCGAAAGAGAUCCCAUGGAGGUGAAGAAAAGUCUGGCUCAGAAGGAUCGGAGGAUGAUGAUUAUGUCCCAUAUGUUCCAGUCAAAGUUAGGAAACAGCAAAUGCUCCAGAAGAUGCUACGCCUGCGUGGAAAGGCCGUAGAUGAGGAGCAGAAGGAUAGCGGAGAGGAGCAAAGGGAUGAAGAGGAGGGCCUUGGUCCACGCUCCAAUGUUAGUCUCCUCGACCAACAUCAACACCUCAAGGAGAAAGCAGAAGCUCGUAAGGAGUCUGCAAAAGAGAAACAGCUGAAGGAGGAAGAGAAGAUUCUGGAAAGCGUGGCUGAGGGCAGAGCUCUGAUGUCUGUAAAGGAAAUGGCCAAAGGUAUCAUAUAUGAUGACCCAAUUAAAACAAGCUGGAAGGCACCACGAUACAUCCUAAAUAUGCCAAACACAAGACAUGAGCGAGUCAGGAAGAAAUUCCACAUCCUGGUGGACGGAGAAGGCAUCCCUGCUCCCAUCAAAAGCUUCAGGGAGAUGAAGUUUCCGCCAGCAAUUCUAAAAGGUUUAAAAAAGAAGGGGAUUGUCCAUCCAACCCCAAUUCAGAUACAAGGAAUCCCCACAGUUCUAUCAGGUCGAGACAUGAUUGGCAUCGCCUUCACGGGAUCAGGAAAGACUUUGGUCUUCACUCUACCAAUCAUCAUGUUUUCCCUUGAGCAGGAGAAACGUUUGCCUUUUUUCAAGAGAGAGGGACCAUAUGGACUCAUCAUCUGUCCCUCACCUUCUCCCCCCCAGCGAGAGUUGGCGAGGCAGACUCAUGGCAUCAUAGAGUAUUACUGCAAGCUGCUGGAAGAGGAAGGAGCUCCUCAGCUGCGCACAGCCCUCUGCAUCGGAGGAAUGUCUGUCAAGGAGCAGAUGGAGGUGGUGAAACAUGGCGUCCACAUGAUGGUCGCCACCCCUGGAAGAUUGAUGGACCUGCUACAAAAGAAGAUGGUCAGUCUUGACAUUUGCCGCUACUUGGCUCUGGAUGAAGCAGACAGGAUGAUUGACAUGGGGUUCGAAGAAGACAUCCGGACCAUAUUUUCCUAUUUUAAGGGACAAAGGCAGACCCUACUUUUCAGUGCUACUAUGCCAAAGAAGAUCCAGAACUUUGCCAAGAGUGCUCUGGUCAAACCGGUCACUAUUAACGUGGGCAGAGCCGGAGCUGCAAGCUUGGAUGUAAUCCAGGAAGUGGAAUAUGUCAAAGAGGAGGCCAAGAUGGUGUACCUGCUGGAGUGCCUCCAGAAAACCCCGCCUCCAGUGUUGAUAUUUGCUGAGAAAAAGGCCGAUGUAGACGCCAUCCAUGAAUAUUUGUUGCUUAAGGGAGUGGAGGCGGUAGCCAUACAUGGAGGAAAAGAUCAGGAAGAAAGAACUAAAGCCAUAGAAGCGUUCAAAGAAGGGAAGAAAGACGUUUUAGUUGCCACAGACGUUGCAUCUAAAGGUCUCGAUUUUCCAGCUAUUCAGCAUGUAGUGAACUACGACAUGCCUGAGGAGAUAGAAAACUACGUCCACAGAAUAGGAAGAACCGGACGAUCAGGCAAGACCGGUAUUGCCACAACGUUCAUCAAUAAGGGCUGUGACGAGUCUGUGCUGAUGGACCUGAAAGCUCUGCUGGUCGAAGCCAAACAGAAGGUUCCCCCGGUCCUCCAGGUGCUCCAGACGGGCGACGAGACCAUGCUGGACAUCGGAGGGGAGAGGGGCUGCACGUUCUGCGGUGGUCUCGGCCAUCGUAUUACCGACUGUCCCAAGCUGGAGGCCAUGCAGACCAAGCAGGUCACCAACAUCGGUCGGAAAGACUACCUGGCUCAUAGCUCGAUGGACUUUUAAAUACUAUUUUUGUUUUGUUUUUUACAAGAAUGUAAGUUGUCCUGAUGGAGGUGAAAAUAUUUCUGUGGAAACUUUACACUUACAUGUAAUGUCUCUGAAUUGAGGAAGUUUAUUUUAUCAUCCUCCUCUAGGUCUGUUAGACAAAAGUGAUUGUUUUGCUUCUUUUCCUCUUAAGUUACUUGCUGUGAAUAUGUUUUUUUAAAAUACUGCUAGUAUCAUCUGAACUGUAAAUAAAACCUUUAUAUUUUA